AUGUUUCGCCGCUCCCUCAGUCGCAUCAAGGCAAAGGUCAUGCCGAGCGUGGACGCGCUUCGAGACUUGGGCGAUGGUGCCUCUAUCGCCGUUGGGGGCUUCGGCGUCUGCGGCAUGCCUACGGCGCUUCUGGGUCGGCUGAACAAAGAUGGGAGGAAGAGCCUUCACGUCAUCUCCGCCGCCACGAAUGGCGAGGAUUCCGUCGCCAUGGGCCGGCUUCUGAACGAUGGACAAGUGGACACACUCACGACAUCACAUCUCGGCCUCAACAAACUCGUGUGCAAUCUGCUGAACGAAGGCAAGUUGAAGCUGGACCUGUCCCCUAUGGGGACGUUGGUGGAGCGCCUCCGCUGCGGUGGCGCCGGUAUUCCGGCGUUCUACACGACAACAGGCUUCGGCACGGGUGUGUCAGAGGGCAGCAUUCCGGCCACUUUUUCGUCUGACGGCUCUGGGCGGGUGACGAAAGUCUCCGAGCCGCGCGAGACACGCGAAGUUCAUGGGCGUUGGUGUGUCCUGGAGCACGCCAUUGAAACGGACUACGCUUUCAUCAAGGCGUGGAAGGCUGACACGAAGGGCAAUCUUGUCUUCCGCGGCACUACGCGAAACCUGAAUGCGGUCAUGGCGACCUGCGCCCGUAUAUGCAUCGCCGAGGUGGAGGAGAUCGUGGAGGCCGGGCAGCUGAAGCCGAAUGAAAUACACGUCCCUGGCAUCUACGUGGACCGGAUUGUGUGUCCGAAAAACGCUGAGAAGCAUGUGAUUCACAAUGUGAACGACGGAGAGGAACAUGUUCCAGUACCGUUAAGUGAAAAACAAGAACGUAUUAUUCAGCGUGCAGCCCUCGAGCUGUGCGACGGGAUGCACGUGAAACUCGGUAUUGGAUUGCCUUCGAUGGUGGCGUCCUUUUUGCCACGGAAUGUGAAGCUUAUCACACAUUCGGAAGCCGGCAUGUUGUGGGAGGAUGGGAGCUCAAAGAAGCACGAAUGGGUUGACCUAGACUUUACGAACGAUCGUGCAGAAGCCGUGGUGGUCUCCGAACCUGGCGCCUCCUUGUUUGACAGUGCUGUGGCGUUCGACAUGCUCCGCGGUGGCCACCUGGACGCGACUCUGUUGAGCGCCUUUGAGGUGUCGGCCAGGGGUGAUAUCGCAAGUUGGUGCGCCCCUGGAAUUACUCCAGAUGCCUUGGCCGGAACAACCGGUAUCAUAUGCAGUGGCGGCAAGAUUAUUGCCCUCAUGGAACAUGUGCACAGUGAUGGCAGUCCACGUAUUGUGGAGCAGUGCAGCAUGCCCGUAACAGGAAAGGGCAUCGUCGACACUCUCAUCACGGAUUUGGCAGUAUUUGCCUUUGUGCAAAAAGGUGGAAACGCCCACCAGCUGUCUUUGAAGGAAGUCGCGGAGGGUGUUACCAUUGAAGAGCUCAAGGCUAAAACGGCCGCUGACUUCCUCAUCCCUGACGACGUGAAGAAUAUGGGACAGGCGUAA